GCUAACACUAUUGAACAUCAAAAAGCUGGGGAAAUCGCGCUGGUAUGAACUUAUAUAGUACGACUAGUAUGACCUUUCAGACACCUGGACACUUCCCGUGUAAAUGCGGGGGAAUAGAAUAAAUGCUAACCAAUUAAUCCUAAACUCUACCCUCCAUCAUCUAAAAUCUACUUCUGAUUCUUCCGUCUCGUUGUGCUCCAGGCCUCUCGUCUCCCAAAACUCAACUGCCUCGCGGAACGUCCAUCACUGCUUACAGCCUGCCUAUCGCCUUCAAAGGAUUGGAAGUUGGAACUUCCCCGCGAAAUAGAUACCGCAUAUCUGCAGCUACCCUUGUACCUACAUAUCACCGCUACCAGCAACCACCAGCAUCACUUAACACCUAUCACUACCAUUAUCACCUUGCCUUCCACCUACCACCUUACCUUUAACAUCCCUCUCAUAUUGUCCAAUCCCGACUCGAGCAUUCUUCAGCAAAAGUCACCGGAGUCACCGUGCUUCGUCAACUAAGCCCGCGCCAAAUACGGCGCUCUCAUCUCCAUAUCCACACUCUUCCAAACUUCUCCCAGCUUCCGCUCAAACCACAAACCAUCACUUCCCCUUCUUACAUAACUCCAACAUUCGCCUUUGUUCUCUUUCAUCGCCUUUCACUUCCCCUCUCUCAAAAACACCCAUAACUACAAACACCAUCAUGUUUACCCGACGUAUCGCCCGAGCAGCAGUGGUAGCUCCACGCUCUUUGCGAGCGUUCAGCUCCACUGCCGCUAACCAGCGUACACCCAUCUUGGCCGACAUUACACCUGAUGGCGUCGACUCGUUCAAUUCAAAGCAGAAGGACUUCCGCGAGCAGUUGGUGAAAGCACAGCAGGAGAGAGAAGCAAGUAGGUCCACUACAACUCCCUCUGAUCCUAUUAACAAUUCCUUGGCCGGUGCCCGUGAAUCCACCCAGGGCUUGGGCUCAUUAAGCACGCACACAGGACAACGAGCGGAGGCAUCAACUAAGGAACCCGAUCGGCCCGAUGGCCUUCUUAGCAGAGUCAUCUACGGAACUAAGGAAGGACGCGAGCUGGAUGCUCAGCUUGAAGCGAGCUUCUCCGCAGUCCUAGCUCGCGGAAAAUAUGUUCACUCAAUCGUAUUCCACCAGGUGAAGCCCGACAAGGUAGAUGAGUAUGUUGAAUUGGUCGGCACCUGGUAUCCACGCAUGGCCUCCAUAGAGGAGAAUAAGGUUCAUCUUGUUGGAAGUUGGCGAACUGAAGUCGGCGAUUGCGAUACAUUCGUUCACAUCUGGGAAUACCAACGCUACCAAGGAUACCACCAAUCACUGCAUUCCAUCUCUAGACACCCCGACUUCCCCGAAUUUGACAAGAAGCUUAAGACGCUAGUCACGUCGAAGAACACAUCGAUCAUGCAAGAAUUCUCGUUUUGGCCAACCACCUCUCCACGCCAACUGGGCGGCCUAUUCGAGCUACGUUCGUACACUCUCCACCCUGGUAACUUGCUAGAGUGGGAGACCCACUGGCGACGAGGUCUGAAGGCACGAAGAGAAGUCAUGGAAGGCGUAGGAGCCUGGUUCGUGCAGAUCGGCGAUCUUAACACCGUCCAUCAUCUCUGGCAAUUUGCCAAUUUGGAGGAGCGAAAGGUCCGAAGGGAGGAGAGCUGGAAGCAGGAAGGUUGGGCAGAGACGGUCCACAAGACCGUUCCCCUAAUCCAGACCAUGAAAUCGAGAAUCCUUAUCCCGAUGCCGUGGUCGCCUGUGGCCUAAAGCUCUUGUAAGGCAUAGGAAGGGCAAAUGCGUGUGAUGGAUGAUUUCUGGACCUAACAAAGCAUUGAAUCGGAGAAUCGGAGUUUGGAGGGUACCUAGGCAGUGAUCUCUUUUAUGGCUAUGCUGUAGGGAUGGUAUGUAGGAACUUGCUAAGGGACCUAGGUAUUGUACGCUUAGGUAUUGCUGCUGAGAUGGGAAGUCGUUAUACGAAAACUUGGAGCGGAAAAUCUGAAAAUCGUGCCCCGAGGGAUAUGGCUAUUUGACUGGUAGCAAUGCGAACCGUUUCGCUUGUUUUCUUUUAU